UAGAAAGUGUGCGUUCACAGAUUUGCACGACAAUGCCCAUGUCGGCACGAUCUCCGACAAAACCAGGGUAUCCCAUCGGAAAGGUGGCCUUCAUUGAAGGCUACAGGAACGUGAAUGGUCGCAUCCAUGGACCAAGAAGCCCUGCAGCAGAUGCUGCGUACAGCACGUCGCAUCGGUUUCCACCUGGCCAGCACGUUCAAGGAGGCGACGAUGCCGACACCAAGCAUCUUUCGACCGUGGCCUCUGCAUCAGGCAUCGACCCACGACUUGUACGUCUGUACAGCGAGAUUGAAACAUGCGUGAGAGAAAUUGAAGCUAUUCGGCAGCACUUGGCCUCUGUGCCCGUGGACGACCAUGCUUCAGAGGUGCCGUAAGAUAAUUAUCGCGUCCUUGUUCAAAUCUGCGGGAUUGUUGCUGACGGCUAGAAACCCGGAAGCAUGUAGGUCGAACUCGUCCGUCAAUCUUAACUCCCCUAAGACCAAAACGGAAACAUACGUGUUAAAUUGAGC